CCCGAGGCGCUCAGCACAGCUAGAGGCGGGAACUGGACGCUUUGGUCGGGCCCCACCAGGCGGAACGGUCAGUGCGCGUUCGUAAUCUACAGACACUGUGCGACGUGGACGCGGCUAGGAUUUUCAGUUUCGCGUUACUAGAGGCAUGCUUCACAUUCUUUCAACGCUCUUGUUGUUAUCAUUACCACAACAACUUCUCACUCCGCUAUCCGGCUUCGAGGAGUGUGCGACCAUUUAUUGUUUGGAGAAAUGAGAUGCAAGGAAGGAGGUGCAACUACAUAACGCCACUACAUCUUUAAUGGGUAGCUGGUAAGAGAAAAUCAGUUAUAAAUGACGCUAAAGGUGAGCAGUCGUGGUACAUAUUUCACGCGGACACGUAGCAAACGCACAGUGUUGUGAGGCGGAUGUGGAGCUCCUAGUGGGUGCGCGGAUAGCUUCCUGCCCGCCAUGGCGACCCUGGCCUGGCCGGUGUGUGACGUCAGCUGGGUGACCGCCGCGCUGUCUGCCCUCGCCUUGACACUGCUCGUGGUCGGCGCCCACGUGGCCCACAACUACUGGCGCCGCAUGGGCGUCGCGCAGGCGAGGUCGCUCCUCUUCCUUGGCCACGCCGGGGACCUGCUGCUGGGCGCGAGGAACCUGUGUGACGUCAUGGAUGACGUGUACCACCAGCUGGAAGGACACCCGUACGGCGGCUUCUACAUGUUGGACAGACCGUGUCUCAUGCUGCGAGACCCCGAUCUUAUCUGGAAAAUGAAACAGGACUCCGAACAUUACUCCCGAAGGGCCAUGAAGGUGCAGAUGAAAGGCAUCCGCGUGGACCCCAUCUCGAAGCACCUGUUCGACGUCGACGACGAGCGGUGGCGUGAGGUGAUGCAGCUGUACGCGAAGGGCUUCUCGCCGGCCAGGACGGAGCGGCUGUCGUGCUGGCUGGAGCAGUGCGGCCGCGGCGUGCAGCGCGCCCUCUCCCGGAGGAUCCAGGGCGUCGGCUGGAGGGACGUCGACCUGCUGGCCGUCUGCUCGCGGUUCGCCACCGACUCCAUCGGCUGCUGCGCCUUCGGCAUCGAAUGUGGCGCCAUCGACGACCCGCGCUCGACGUACCUCCAGCUCGCCCUCAAGGCAAUGUAUCCGACUCGACGAAAAAAUUUCGUGGAGUUCCUGUCGAUGUGGCACCCAGAAGUCGCCUGGAUUUUCUUCUUCGGCUACUUCACGCACGACACCUACGACUUCUUCAAGGGAGUCGCCCUAGGAAUUCUGCAGUACAGGCAGAAGAACCACCUCUGCCGAGAUGACGUGAUGCACGAGUUCUUGCAAGCGAGACUGAACGGCCUCGCGUCUGAGGAGAACACACCCACAAAGUUCUCAGACGACUCCCUGGUGGCGUACGUGUUCGCCACGUUUGGUUUCGGACUCGGAAUCGUAGCACGUGUGCUGAGCUUCUGCCUGUACGAGCUGUCGCUGCACACUGAAGUGCAGACCCGAGCCAGACAACAGGUGGAUGCCGUCCUCAAAGCACACAGCGGGCAGCUGAGCUACCAGGCGAUCCAGGAGAUGACCUACCUCGACAUGGUCCUCAGCGAGACGCUGCGGCUGUACCCGGUGGUGGGCGGUGCAUUCGUGGAGGAGUGCACGCAGACACACCGCCUCAGCAGCCCUGGAGGCUCCAGCAUCGUGGUGGAGGCGGGCACCCGCGUCGUGGCGCCGCUCUUCUCGCUCCUGAGGGACCCGCGACACUUCCCGGAGCCGCUGCAGUUCAUCCCGGAGCGCUUCAGUCCCGAGAACAGCGCGGGACGACACCCGGGCGUCUACAUCCCGUACGGGGAAGGCCAGCGGCGUUGUGUUGCUGAAGAUUUCUCGAAGACUACCAUGAAGUUUGGGCUAGCGUCGCUGCUUGAACAAUUCGAACUGAGCCCGUGUUCCCGCACACCGCAUCGGCCCCCCAAGCUGCACCCACAGAUUAACCUGUUGACGCCCAAAGAAACACUUUGGGUGCGUGUUUCACAGCGCGCCUGGCUUUCCUGCGACUGACCUGCCAGGCUCCAAGAAGAAGUUGGGGUUGCUGUCACUGCUCACGAGUUCGAACUGAGUGGGACUCACCAUACACCAGACUCUGCCGCCUAAGCUGCACCCACUCUCUCAGUAGCCGACGCUCACAGAGACACGUUAUGGUGUGUGUCUCACAGUGUUCAUGGCUAUUCUGUGACUAACCUUCGAAGCAUCUACUUUGAUUCGGUUGAGACGACCACAGAGGUUUUGCACGUAAUGCUGUGAGGUUAUACGCAUGUCUGCUCCAUAAAACAUUAUUAGCAGCAUAUCGUAUAAUCCAGUUCUCCCCUAAGUGUAUGAGGGCGCUUAGUGUAAAUGCCUAACUUAAUAAAUUUGCCUCAUCUAUGUUAAA